UUGGAAUUUUCGUCUUAAGAUCAAUACUUCGUUAUAAUCUUCCUCUUAUGUUUUUUCCCCCACAAAGACUCCAGCUUUGAAAAGGCAUUGGUGAAUCUUUACUUUGACAAGUGUUUCAACUUUUUGUUUCCAUCGUCAUUUUAGAAACUAUACAAAGUUUUGUGGGUUAUCUUCACUUUUCAGUUUUGUGGGGAUUAGGAAUCUUUCUGGUGAGCAUUAAUGGGGGAUAUGGAAGUUACUAUUGCCAAUGGUGAAGAUAAGAUAAUGACUGCUACUUCAUCAAAUCCGGAUAUGCAAGUGUCUGUUUCGUUUGGUAAAUUCGAGAAUGAUUCACUUUCAUGGGAGAAGUUUUCGUCUUUCUCUCCCAACAAGUACUUGGAAGAAGUGGAGAAGUGUGCAACUCCAGGAUCAGUAGCACAGAAGAAGGCUUAUUUCGAAUCACAUUACAAGAAGAUCGCUGAGAGAAAAGCCGAGAUCAUCUUGGAACAGGAGAAAAGAUUAGAGAGGAAUGCAUCUUUCAGGCCAACUCUUCAAAACCGUGGAAAUACAGACAAUGAAAAUGACUUUUCGGUUAUGAUAGAGUCUAAUGCCUAUUAUGGAUCUAAUGGCGUGAUUACUUCUGAAGAAGAUAAGUUUGAGACCGGCAUUGCUACUGAAAUGAAUGAGACAUGUAACCAUGAGCCUCCUGAAGAAACUAUGAAUUGCAAGGAACGUCAAAACUCGGUUGAUGCUAGGGAGAAACUUGAAGAGGUUGUUUGCAUUGAGGAAAAACAAGAAUUGAUUGUCCAAGUGGAGAACAAAGAGAAACCAGAAGAGGUUGUUUGUAUGAAGGAAGAAGUAAAGGAAGAAAUGAAACAAGAUAUUUCAUCAAAGGAUACUGGCGACAUGAUUGAAACAACGAUGAAGGAGACAAAGAAAGAGAAAGAUCAUUAUCUAGUUAAGAAGACAGAUAAAAAUGUGCGAACAAACCAUAGAAGAAGCUCUCCCAAGCCUAAUCAGGUGAACAAGAAACCGGUAGUGAACGAGGUUGUAACGAGUAGAAAAAGUCAACCAAGCAAGGAGAAAAACAUGAUAAAGGCAACAAAUAAAGCAGCAUCAGCUGUCUCAAAAUCCCCAGGGUUUUCAACUCCAAGAAUGUCCAAGCCAGCUUCAACAAUCAGUUCCAUAUCUACUUUCCGCUCUUCAGGAAAGAAGGAAAAUGGCUCGACUUUACCGAGAAAGAAACAAACCGCUCAAAAGACAUUACACACUUUUCUCAACCUUGGUCAACCGGGCUCUGAACCUACGGCUCUUGCUACCAACAGAAAAUCCUUGUUCAUGGAACAAAUGGGAGAUAAAGACAUUGUUAGACGUGUUUUUAAAACUUUCCAGCAGAGUUUUGACCAAAUGAAACCUUCUGAUAAUGGGCAAGAUACAGCUCCAAAGCAGGUUCAUGCAAAGGCAACUAGUGUCUCGAAGUAAGCUACUUCUGGUCUGAAAGAAAAUGGCAGGCUUGCGAAAUCUGAUGGCACGGAGAAAAAAGGUUCUAACUCUCACCGUUCUUCAUCGUUUAUAACAAAAAGCAAUGGGACACCGACAGUCAAGAAACAGGAGGUAACAUAUCUGAUGAGCAAACCAAACUGUAUCCACCAUUUUACCUCUGAGAUAGCAACGUGAUGGUUGAAGAAUGCGCAGUUUUUCUAAUCACUGUGUCCUCACACUGAUAUUUCUUCUCCAAAUUCAGCUCUCCAGGCCUGAAGAAAGAGCUGUAGAGAGGAUACGCUUUCAGGCGAAACAAAAGGCAUUACUCAUAAGGGCUUCUUCAUUUAUGAGCCUCACAAGAGAACCUUGUGCACUGCUUUUCAUUAACACUGAUCAUUCCUGUCUAAUCAGGCAAAAGCAACCAAUGCCACAACUCGGACGCGCAAUCUUGAUCCAAAAGCAAAAUCCAUGCAAGGACCUCUCCCAAAAGGCUCUUCAGACCAAGUACGAUGAUGUGGCAUUCCUCGUUUUGUGACCGAUGAGCAUUGUUUUUUCCGAUCUCCUGGAGGGUUCCAUGGUAUGUGACUAAACCACAAGGCAAAGAUCUUCACCAACGGUCAUCAGAAUAAAAAAUCAAGUAUCUCCAAGCUUUCAGGCGAUUCUUAAGAGGUAAAAAGUCAAUGAUGUUUGUUAUAUAGAAAAGUUACCAAGUAACAAAAAGAUUAAAUGUCUUCUGUGAAUGCAUGUGUACAGAGUCUAUAGACUAUAAAAGUGAGAAUGCUGUUAUUUUCUCAAUAAGGAGAACAUAACUGAAAACCAAUCCUAUUA